AUGCGGUGGAGAUCACUUCUAACCGGCUCUCUCCUGGGACUCUCCACAACAGCACGAGCGUUGCAAAUAAGCAAUAGCACGGAAAGUGGAAACACAGCUGUCAAUUCGUACUCACUCUCAAAUCAAUGUCCUGCAAGUACUAUCACCGUGACGGAAACCACUGCACAAAGUGUUGAACCAUCAACCGAAACCAUCACGGUCACUGUGACUCCAGAUAUCGCUUCGACCGUUACUGUCACAGAGUCCUUCACUGGGUCCCCGCCUAAUGUGGAUUCGGAAACAUCAUCUCCAAUCAUUAGUGCCACCAAAAUAACAGUUAUAACUGAGACAUCAGUCGUAUUUGAAAACCCAACCACGCGGUUCACGUAUUCCUUGCCUGCAAGCAGUUCACCCGCGAUAACGUCUGGCCCAGCCACUGACGUGGGGGUAUAUGGUGCACUCGACUAUGACACUACUAGCACCGUAUAUGAGACGACAUGGAUAACCACCACUGAGUGCACAUGCACAGAGAAUCUAACUACCACCGCUACUACCAGCAGCACUAGUGUUACCACAUAUUCUGUUUGGCCAGUAACAACAACAGUUACAACAACAUAUCUCACGACUUAUACAACGGUUCUAACUUCAGUCAUCCCCACUACAAUUUCUGACACCAUCACUACAACGGCUACGACAGAUAUUACAUUUACAGCUACCGCGACUGUGUCGACUAUAAGCACAGUGACAUGCGAAAUAACAGAAACAGUGAGCAACACCGUCACCGAUAUCGUGACUGACACGGUCUCCGUCACCCUCACUCCAUCGACGGUUACGGACGCGGUAACAGAUACCGUCUCUGUUACGGUAGCUCCAUCAACAGUAACAGAUGCAGUGACCGAGACAGAUUCCGUUACAGUGACACAAACUGCGCCCACGGUCACUGAUGUUACCACAGCUACAGCAACACUGCUUACUACACUUAGCACGACCUUCACUACAACCUUGCCGGCAUCAACUAUCACAACUGUCAGUACGAUUCCUGGUAGCACAGUUACUUUGUCUAGGUCUAUAGUGACCCUUCCGCCACAAACGGUGACUGUGACCACGAGCCUUCCAGGAACGGUCACUACUGUCACUUCGGUAGUCACUACGGUAGUGCCAACAACUACCUUUGUAAGCAUAUCAGUCUGUCCAAGCCGUAUUACUAAUCCAACAUACACCGCGCCAACGCCUCUCCCAACCGACUACACCUGGGGAUGUAAGCCAGGAUUCUUAUGCCACCCCAAAAAUCGACCGCCGGGUGGUGGCGAUUGUAACUUUGAAGUGGGACCUCCGGCCGACACAUACUAUUGUUCGCCGGACGAGUGUAUUCCAAGUCCAAAGCUGAUUUCGGAUCCGGAUAAGACAUGGGGCCAUGGGUACAAAUCAAAUAAAACGGGUCAAUAUCCUGUUACCCCAGGGUACUUUAAUCUCAAUCCAAAGGAGUUCUCCCUUGAUGACAGUGUUUUCACGUUCCCAGAGGGGACUGAAAUCACAUACCUUGACAUAGACCUAUGGCUCGAUGUAAAGAUAGAUGCCAAUACCGGUAUCAUCAAGAAAAGACAGCAAGGAAGCGCAGAGAACUACCCGCCUGUAUGCUACAACGAAUGCCAGGAUGCGAUGUUGGAGGCUGAGGCAGUUGGGAAAACAUCUUUGCUUUGCGAAAAAUCGUCUAUAUUCCUAACGGACGUCAGCAAUUGCAAUCUUUGCAUAAGUUAUCAUGCAACGGGAACAACAACAUCGGGUCCAUUGCCAGAGUUUGCGCAGUUCUUGGAUUAUUGUAACCUGACGGCCACGACUACGACCACCAGUACCUCGAUAAGCACGACAGUAAGCGUUUCGACACCCAGUCAACCAGUGGGUGUCUCAACCACGGGACCCGCCACAACUACCAGCACAUCUACUUCAGCAUCUGAGACCAGUACCAUAGCUAGUGACACUACAACAGGUACAUCUAUUGCCCCAGCGAGUACAUCUAUUCCACAGUCUUCUGAAACAACAGCCACAGGUACAAUGGCCACAGCCACCUUAACGAGUUCGGCUCCUCCUACCAGUGGUGCACAAAGCCCCACUACUGGAGCUCCUACUACUGAGGUUUCUACUAACGAGGCCUCCACUACCGGGCUUUUCACCAGUGGCUCAGCAACUACUAUAGUUUCAACCAGUUCGGUACCUUCCAGUAGUACUAGCACCGGCGAGUCUUCGGCGAUAGGAAUAGGUACCGGGGUUCCUAACCCAACUACAAUCGCGACUACGACGGCUCCACCCGGUAAUGGUGGAGGCGGCGGCUCUUCCACUGCAAUCAUCUCUAGCAGUGCUAGUGUGACCAGGAGUGGGAGUGCAACGUUGUCUACCCCGGCAACUCCCAGCUCAACAAUAUUCUUCCCUGGCGCUGCGACGCAUAAUAUUCAGUCGGCAUCCAUGAAGUGGCUUUUGUCAUCUUCUAUGGCGCUGGGGAUGAUGAUGGCUGUCUUCUAA